AUGGGUUCCAGCACUGAGACCGCUCUGAGAGGCUGCCUACGGGUCAGAUCCCUGUCGGCCCCUCAGUGUGUGCAGGAACGGCUCACCAGUUUGCAGACGCUGGGUGCCCUGGAGCUGCAGUCUGAGCAGAUCUGUCUGAGCCAGUGCAGGGUGUGCUGCUGGUCAGCGGGCCGCUGGGUGCUGUACUUGUGUGGAGCCCUGUGUGACCGCCUGAUUUCCUACCGCACACAGGCGGCUCACCAUGGCAGGCUGGCCCACUGUUUCAGAGAAGCUGGCCUCUUCCUCCUGAGCGCUGGACCUUGGCUCUGCUGCCUGUGGUGCCUGGCUUGUCUGUUUGCCUCAGCAGUCCAGCCCUGCCCGACCUGUCCUCACUGCCUGUGGUGCGUGCCCUGCCUGUGGCUCUUGCCCUGCCUCUGUUACCUGUGGUGUCUCUGCAUCCGGAAACCGCUGACACUGUCCGUGCUUUACCACCGCGGCAGCCACAGCCCAGACCAGUGCAAGCUGACUGAUGGAGCUGGCUCUCUUUAUCACCUGUAUCUGAAGUACAUGACUUUGAAAGUUGGGAGACCAAACCUCAUCGCUAUCAUCGAUGGAGUGGCCGACGUGCAGAAGUUUAAAGAAUCCUUUGGAAAGGAGCAGCCCACUUUAGGGGAAUGCUGUUCUGGAAUAUUUGUAUUCCAAGAUUUAAAAAAAGACUGGGAGACGGAUCCAAACAAUGGGGAGGCUCAGCGAUUGAGCAACAGCGUGGCUGGGUAUUUUAGUAAGUCCCAACACCCGAGGAAGCUCAACAAUUUGCCAUCGCCAUCUUAAACCAGCUGGCGCUUUCCUGGCAAUCACUGCUUUAGUUCCUGUUUGAAUGAUAAUUCCUUUGUUUAAAAUGUUUCACAGGUUGGACUGCAGCCUCCUCAGUUAGGGUCAGGCUUAAAGGUACUUUCCACAUUGGUCAUUGUGGCCUUAGUUUGAGCACUGUCACCUCAAUGUUCUGUGUUCAAGUCCUACGUCUCAGUUACUUGAGCACAGAAACCAAGGCUGACGUUGCAGUGUAGUACCAAGGGAGUGCAGCACUGUCUUUGUUUAAUGUUACCCACUCACCUACUGCCAUGCCCUUACCCUCCCUCUCAUGUCAUUGUUUCAGUUCU